AUGAUUUGUUUUCGGCUUUCGCUUGCUUGGGUCUGGCGGCCGCCAUUGCCCGGUUCGCUGCUAUACUCUGGCUUCGUCCCACCGGAUUAUUUUUCAUUUAUUUCCUUUUGUAGCCCUCGGCGGUGCUUGUUCAUUCCGGGGCGCGGUAUCUUUUCUCACACCGUGGGACCGGGCGCGGGUCUGACAGGCCUCGUUCCCACGUACGGGCUGGAGCUCCGGCCUUAUCCAGCUGCUUUAUAGGUAGGUCUUCAGGCAUCUCACCACAUCCAGAUUGUGCCAUGUUUGUUCCGCCUCCGAUUCAGGUUUAGGAAAGAAGCAACAGCACUUCCUGUUUAAUGGUGGUCGACGGGUUGCGGAUCGGGUUGCAGAUAAGGCAGUUGCGGGCCAGGUCGGAUAGUGGAUCCAAGAGGGUAUACAGACACGAUGGAUACUGACCUUAGUCCCCAGGACCGGAAGGACUUGGACAAGUUUGUCAAAUUCUUUGCGCUAAAGAGUGUGCAGGUGAUUGUACAAGCUCGACUCGGAGAUAAGAUCUGCACCCGCUCCUCCUCAUCUCCUACGGGAUCAGACUGGUUUAACUUGGCAAUCAAGGAUAUCCCAGAGGUGACCCAUGAAGCAAAGAAAGCUCUGUCAGGGCAGCUGCCUGCUGUGGGACGUUCCAUGUGUGUGGAGAUAUCACUGAAGACAUCCGAGGGCGAUUCCAUGGAGCUGGAAGUCUGGUGUCUGGAAAUGAAUGAAAAGUGUGACCAGGACAUUAAGGUCUCUUAUACUGUAUAUAACAGAUUGUCGCUGCUGUUAAAGUCAUUACUUGCUGUCACCAGAGUGACCCCAGCUUACAGACUCUCCAGAAAGCAAGGACAUGAAUAUGUCAUUCUGUACAGGAUUUACUUUGGAGAUGUUCAACUCCUUGGACUUAAAGAAGGUUUCCAGGCUGUACGAGUUGGAACUGUUGGAACCCCAAUUGGCACGCUCACGCUUACUUGUGCCUACAGAACCAACCUGGCUUUCAUGUCAACCAGGCAGUAUGAGUGGACCCAGCCCAUCAUGGGGAUUAUAAUUGAUCACUUUGUUGACCGUCCCUUCCCCAGCACCUCACACAUGCAUCCCUGCAACUACAGGGGUGCUGAAGAGCAAGUGCUUACCUACCCUGCUGUGGAGGAGUCUCAAGAAGUCUGUACAACGUCGUUUUCGACCUCCCCUCCUUCACAGUGUGUGUUCACUGUCAGUAAGGCACAGUGUCAGACAGUUACUCCUCUGGUGACGGACUCUCUCAUGGGACAAGCCUUCUCACAUCAACUCUGCAGCUCUCGCCUCUCCUAUCAACCGGCAGGAGCAGGACUCUCAGAACUGGGUUACCCAGUGGCCUUGGCUACUGGAGCGAGUGCAGUCCACCCACACCAGAUGAUGGGACCAGGAAAAGAAAGUGGUUUGCCAACUGUUAGCGUUCAGCCUGCCCACGGACCCCAGGCUGAGCACGAUCGAAACCUAUCAGUGUCUCCCGCCAAUGUAGCAGGGACAGCAUCCAGCAGCGAGGAAGACAAUUCCCCCUCAGGUAGCAGUGCCACUGGGACAAAGAGCUCACCCAGCACAACCCCACAUAUCCUAUUUACAAGGAAGGUGGGAGCUUUUGUUGACAAACCUUCGCCCCAGGUCACCUAUACCAGUACUGAUAUACCGUUUGCCGUGUUUGUGCCAAAGCUUGCAGACAAUGAGGACACUGACCCUAUGAUUGUCUGCCCUGAGACCCCCGAAGAGGAGUCGCCUGAAGCCAGGAGCCUGCACAGUUCCUGUUCUAGCAGUGAGACACCCCAAGAUGAUUUUGUGAUGAUCGACUUUAGACCUGCAUUCUCUAAAGAUGACCUUCCCAUGGAUGUGGGGACCUUCUACCGGGAGUUUCAGAACCCUCCGCAGCUAAGCAGCUUAUCCAUAGAUAUCGCUGUGCAAUCGAUGGCGGAGGACUUGGACUCUCUGCCGGAGAAACUGGCCAUCCACGAAAAAAACAUGAAAGAGUUUGAUGCAUUUGUUGAUUCUCUGUAGAGGCCUGUAUAAACUUAUACCCCUCAAUCCAGAACUGUUUGCCUCUCGCUAUACUGACUCCACACUUGGAUCUCUCCUAUAUGCCCCCCAACCCCAGCCAAAUACCUGUCUAACAUUCAACUAGCCAAGCUGCCAUUGUUACAGGUCUCAAAUGGGGGUGCCUCUUCUAAUAACUGCCUUUCUAAAGGCUAAAUAGCACCUUACAAGGCACCAAUACUCUACAGUUGGAUCUGAAGUCAGGGUUUGCUCAGUUGUUCUCCAGACAUAAGGAUAAACCAACAAUGGAACUGGAUUUGUCUCUCCGUUUUUGGGGAAAUGAGCUCAGCAGCUGGAUGAGAAUCACACAAAGCCCUCUUUUUAAACUGUUUCUCUGCUGUAAAUAUAGCCCUUUACUUGGAGACUUUGACAUGAACAUGGCAGGCACCCACAUAUCUGCCCUGCUUGCCUAAAUACGUACUGACCUUCAGAACUGCUGAAUGGAUCACACCACAAUUUCCUGUAACAAUAUUCCUGUUUAUACACCAUGAAAGAGAACGUUGGAGAAGCCCUCAGUCUAAUGAGACAGUCUCAAAUCCUAAAAAAUGGUUGCAUCUGGGUGUAGGCAGGGGUUUGUUUAUACAGAGAGCUUCUCGGUGGCCUGGUGAUACAUAUUAAGCAUUUUACAGGAAGCUGGAAUGAGACUUCAUUUCAAUUUCAGAUUUUCCCUGGUAAUAAAUAACAAAAACCAUAGAUAUUUUCUAAAUUAAAACUGGCAAAAAAAUUAAUGCUGCUCGCAGGUGCUGUUCAUUUUCGACCGAUUUUGAAAACGUGUAGAGUGCCCCUUUAAAACUAGGGAUGCACCGAAUCCAGGAUUCAGUUCGGUAUUCAGACGUCUUCAGCAGGAUUCAUAUUCUGCCGAAUCCGAAUCUUUAAAAUCGUGACUUUUCAUCACAAAACAAGGAAGUAAAAAAAUCUUUAGCUGCGUGCACGGCUCUCUUUCUCCCUCGCUGAUUUGCAUAUGCAAAUUAGGGUUCUGAUUUUGUUCGGUAUUCAACGAAUCUUUCAGAAAGGAUUCAGGGGUUCGGCCGAAUCCAAAAUAGUGGAUUUACUGCAUCCCUAUUUAAAACACACUUUUGGUAUGAUGUACAUAGUGAUAUUCUGCAGUUAUCUUGUUGAAUUUUUGUCCUGCAGGCUUUCAGUUUCGAUGUUAAAUUGCUGUAGGGUGGCCAGGGUCACUGACCCUACAACUACAGAUACAGGCCCAAUAUCAAACUGAAGGGCUCAUUUACAAAUGUAGUGAAAUGGGCAAAGUGCAAUUUUCAGACACGUAAUCGCCAUAUCUGAGAGUUAACUUUUAGUAUGAUAUUGAGUCAUCUUCUGAGACCAUUUACAAAUGGUUUUAAUUUUUUAUUAUUUGUGUUUUUUUGAGUUAGUUAGCUUUCUAUUCAGCAGCUCUCCAAUUUGCAAUUUCAGCAAUCUGGUUGCUAGGGUCCAAAAUACCCUAGCAACCAGCCAUUGUUUUGAAUGAGAGACAAGAAUUAGACUAAGAGAGGACCUGAAUAGAAAUGCAAUGCAGAACUAUGGGUUAAAGGGGUUAAUUGUACACACACAUGGUCGGUAGCAUCCACUGAAAUUGUAAUAAAUUAUUUAUUUAUAUAGCGCUGACAUAUUCGCCAGUACAGCAAGGAGAUUAUACAUCAUUCCCUGCCCUAGGAGCUUACAGUCUAAGCUUCCUAUCACAUUCACUGUGGAAUUGGGAACUACUGCUUGUUUAGAGGCUGAUGGGAGUUGUAGUGCAAUACUGCAGCAUAUUCAUGUUUCAGGAGGUACUCGGGUUAGCUUCAAGGUAAAGAUGUUUUGCAGCAGCUCAGCAACAUGUUGGGUUAAAUUCACAAUACGAUAAGGUUUCUAUGCUGCUUGUGCUCAUUGCACCCGCUGGGGAGAAAUCUUGGCACUGUUAAUAGAAAAUAUGUAAUUCUGAUGUGUAUUAUAAAUUAAAUAUAUGUCUUUCCAA